GGGGAUAAAAGUGAAGAGAAUCAAUAGUAAAGGGGGCGCUAAGGAAAAAUAAAAGUUGCAAGCCACAUCAAAGUCCAGUUUUAUAUGGAUUGCUGCCGCUGAGCUCUCUCUGUAUCUUUUGGUGGCUUCCUUAUAGACUUCUCCGUCGCUAGACCCUUGCCGAGGUAUCUCUCUCAGAGUUUUUUUUUUCUCCCCAGUUCUUCUUCUCAGCAUUGCUUGUCAUCCAUAAUGAGUCUCUCUGGUGCUGCUGCAGUUGGUUCGAGCAGAAACUUGAGAAAAGCGGUGGAGUUUGGGAAAACUCAUGUGGUUAAGCCCAAAGGGAAACACCAAGCUACUAUUGUCUGGCUACAUGGCCUUGGCGACAAUGGCUCCAGCUGGUCCCAGAUUUUGGAGACCCUUCCUCUUCCGAAUAUCAAAUGGAUCUGCCCUACAGCUCCUUCUCAACCAAUAAGUCUGUUUGGUGGUUUUCCCUCCACAGCUUGGUUUGAUGUUGUGGACCUCACUGAGAAUGGACCUGAUGAUGUAGAAGGACUGGAUGUGGCUGCCGCACAUGUUGCAAAUCUGUUGGCAAAUGAGCCUGCUGACAUUAAGUUAGGUGUUGGAGGGUUCAGCAUGGGGGCAGGGACGUCUCUGUAUUCUGCGACUUGUUUUGCCCUUGGCAAAUAUGGAAAUGGCAAUCCUUACCCUAUCAAUUUAAGCGCAGUCAUUGGCUUAAGCGGGUGGCUUCCUUGUGCUAAGACACUGACUGGUAAACUAGAAGAGGAGCAGAUCAAGAACCGGGCUGCAUCGUUACCCAUCUUAGUUUGUCAUGGAAAAGGUGAUGAUGUUGUACCGUUCAAGUUUGGGGAGAAAUCUUCACAGGCCUUGUUAUCACAUGGGUUUAAGAAGACGACCUUCAAAGCUUACGGUGCACUUGGUCACUACACAAUCCCACAGGAGACGGAGGAUGUAUGCGCGUGGUUGACAUCCACCCUCGGCCUCGAAGGUUGAAAAAGGCUUUUCAAUGAUUUGUCACUCUCUGAUGAAAAAAAACUCGUGAUUUUUCAUUGAUUUGGAUUUAAAUCUUUCGGAUUUUCAUUUUUAAGAUGUUACAUUUGGGAUGUUUAAGACUAAGUAGAUAAAGCUUGUCGUUUGGCCCUUCUAAACUCUGUCACCUGACCAUCGGUAGUCUCAGUUGUGUUUGUUUUCUGGUGGUCGAUCGGUUAUUUAGCAAAAAAAAAUUCAUUCCUUUUAA